UGAAGUAUAUAAUAGCGCUGUAGCGAGACUUGCAAACAAUGCAGCUGGAGCCGAGCGGAGCUGAGAAGGUACUGGGCUGGGAUAAGCGCUACGCACAGACUGCAAAGCCAGCGGGGAAUUAAGGCAAAGUUGGAGAUUGGAAGCCUCCCUAGUACUUUAUUUUCUGAGGGGGUCUGGAGAUACCUAAGUUUCUUCACUCUUGUGUGUACUUUACAGGACUUAAUUUUUGUUAAUCUUAUCAAUGAAGGAGAGGGGACCGAGUCAGAAACUGUCAAGUAAAUCUGUGAUGGAUUCUAAUAUGAAUGUGAAAUGCAAGAUCGUGGUUGUUGGAGAUAGUCAGUGUGGAAAAACGGCUCUGCUGCAUGUAUUUGCUAAGGACUGCUUCCCAGAGAAUUACGUACCCACUGUGUUUGAGAAUUACACAGCCAGCUUUGAAAUCGAUACGCAGAGGAUAGAGCUGAGUCUGUGGGACACAUCAGGAUCACCAUAUUAUGACAAUGUCCGUCCAUUGUCCUAUCCUGAUUCUGAUGCAGUCCUGAUAUGCUUUGACAUCAGUCGACCAGAGACCCUUGACAGCGUGCUGAAAAAAUGGAAAGGUGAGAUCCAGGAGUUCUGCCCAAACACAAAGACAAUAUUAGUUGGAUGCAAGUCUGACCUUCGUACAGAUCUGAGUACGCUAGUUGAACUUUCUAAUCACAGACAAACACCGGUGUCAUACGACCAGGGCGCAAAUAUGUCCAAACAAGUUGGAGCAGCCACCUAUAUAGAAUGCUCAUCUUUACAGUCUGAGAACAGUGUGAGGGACAUUUUUCAUGUGGCCACACUGGCAUGUGUAAACAAAUCAAACAAACACGUUAAACGCAACAAGUCACAAAGGGGUACAAAGAGAAUUUCACACAUGCCUGGAAGGCCGGAACUCUCCGCAGUUACAUCAGACUUACGGAAGGAUAAAGCAAAGAGCUGUGUAGUGAUGUGAAGCUGAAAACUGGUGUUAAAAUAAUUUUUAGGUGUCGAACAUGAAACUAGAUUAAAGGAAGUUGAAGACUAGCGACAUGUUCACAGUCAUACGUAGGCACAGUAUGCACUGAGAGUACAUUAUAAAGGACUUGCUUUACCUUGUAUACGGACUUGAGAGAUCUCCUUGAGGGUCAUGUCAUAGGGUGAGCACGGCUUGAAAUGGUCUUGAAGUAAAACAUCUGUGACCAGAAUAUUUGCAGGAUACUAGAAGGAGAAAAAGAACCGAAAGGGUCAAAAGUAAACACACAAAUACAUCUAAUGUGAAAAGAUAUAUCUGCUUCUAUAAAGAAGUCUGCAAAAGCUAUGUUGCUGUCUGUCAGAGCUAGUCAUUUAUGUGCGAUUCUUGUUCAGUGAUUUUUUUUAGCCAUUUGUUGAGGCAUUACUUUGUACCGGACUUAUUUCCAAAUGCCAUGGUCAAGGGACUCCUAAAUUAUUGAAAAACUGCAUAGUAAUCUGAAAGUUCAAGUAAUUAAAAAAUCAGUUAGUAGAUGGGUUUAAGUAUGUAAAUGACAGGAAAACUAAACUGAUGGAUUUUUGUUUCAUGACUGGAAGGGGUACAGUGCAGAGCUGUCAGAAUAUAGUGAGAUAAAAUUACUGAAAACUCUACAGAUAUGUAAUUUAUGCUUGUUGUGAAGGACUGUCGUUGCUGUGCAUUUUGGAAUGGCAAACAAAAUUAACCCAGUUGAAUUAAUGAAAUUAAUUGAAGCAGGUACUUCUCAUGACAGAAAAUUGGCACACAAAAUGUUAUAAAGCAUCUUUAAAUUCAUUAUUAAAGCAAUGCUUCAGAAACGGAAACUUAUUAAAGCAAUGCUUCAAAGUAGGAUAGUUUGCUCUUGAUGGCUGUAUUGUACACCCUUGGAAAACGUGUUUCAUUUUUAUUAAACUGCACAGUUUGUACCUGAUGUUAGGAAGAGAUUUUUGCAUACAAAUCAGCCGAGUGUUUGAGUAGUGGUGUAUUUUGAAAAAGAAAUGCAUAUUUGAUUUGGCUUGUUCCCACUGGAGUCAAUGUCAACAGACUGUGUUUAUUCAGAGGACUACAUACAAAAUUUAUACUGGCUCCUUUUACAUUUCCAGUUAAACUCUCUCUGGCUCUGCAUUUGAAAGAAUACCAGUCUCCACGAAAUUGCUUUGUGUUAUCUAUUUCUUACUGGCUUUAGCUCUAUUAAAAGUAAUGUGGGUUAAAUGGUUACAACAUAUAUUAUAACGUACAUUUUAAAGCAAUUUUAUUGUAUUCUGCUGGAGUGGAACAAAUAUUUUAGCCGAGCUAUAAAUUCACAUUCUAAAUCUUACUGUGAAAACUAGCCUGUUCAGACAUUUCAUUCUUUAUCAGACAUACCUGUUGCACAUCUAAUAACCUUUUUUCAGUAAGGAAGAAAAUAUUUUCAGUUUUUAAAGCUAAAGUUCUACUAAAAACUUGGAACAAAAAAGAAACAUAACCAGAACUGCUUGCAAGCACCAGAUACCACUAUCAUACUCCGGUGCUUGCUGAAAAAGAUACCAUCUCAGUAGCCAUUCACAACCUACACUAAGCUAUGCCUUUAAGACUGGUUUAUAGGUAUGCUUCAGCCAGCAUUACAGAAUCCCUGAUAAGUGCUUUCUGUAUUUAAAUAUUGUAAAAAUUUAAGUUAUAAAAUUGUUAUAAAACUGUAGGUUAUCAUUUUAUUAUUUUUUCAGAAUGUAAUGUCUUGUUUGUAUGUCUGGUCAUUGUUUCAGCAGUAUUUAUUGAAGUUUAUUUUUUCUUUGAAAUAAAGAUUUUAAACAAGUUA